AUGUCAUAUCCAAAUUAUCCACCUUAUGGUGCACCACCGGGUGGACUUGCCCCGCAAUCUGGAUACCCACCACAAAUACCACCCCGGCAUACCCCUCAACCAUAUCAGCAAUACCCUCAAGCUCACAAUCCAUAUCCUCCAAACCAACCAUAUGGCGCUCCUCAACAACCUCCAUAUCCGCCGCAACAACAACCCUUCCAACAAUACCCUCCACAACAAAGCUCAUAUCCUCAACAGUCACCUUAUGGCGCGCCUCCGCCAGUUCCAUCGGGACAGUAUCCCCCGCCGCAACAACCACCGUACCCUCCGUCGCAAAGCGGAUAUCCCCAACAAUCAUAUGGCGCCCCUCCCCCGGGCGCACAGCCUCCUGGAUACGGUGCUCCAAUGAGUAACGGACAACCUGCCCCGCCAUCAGUGGGUUAUGACUUAUCAUUACCGAGUCCUCCGCGCAUACCUUACGACGGACGCGCAGAUGCGCAGGCAUUACGUAAAGCUAUGAAAGGCUUCGGGACGGAUGAGGCAACUCUUAUCGAAGUUCUACAUAACAAGGGCCCUUUGCAAAUAGAAGUUUUGCGACAAACUUUCAAUGAUACUUUUAAAAGGAAACUCCUAGCGGAUGUGGAGAGUGAAACAAGCUCGUACUUCAGGGAGGGUCUAGCUGCGAUUAUUCGUGGUCCCUUGAUACAAGAUUGCCACUUGCUUUAUAGCAGCAUGGAUGGAGUAGGCACAAAUGAGAAAUAUCUGACCGAAGUAUUGAUGGGCAGGUCGAAUGCUGAUAUCAAUGCGAUUAAAUCAAUGUAUCAACGCCGAUACAGGAGGAGUCUUGCAGGCGAUCUUAAGGGUGAUUUGAGCAUGAAAACAGAGGACCAUUUCUUGAUGGUAUUAGAGGCCAACAGAAACGAGGAUAGCGCGCCGGUUAUCCCUCGCGAUGUUGAACGGGAUGUCGCAGCUAUAUGGAAUGCAACAGAGGCUAGAAGUGGACACGAAGGAAAGACAGUUUGUGAGAUAUUUACCAAACGAAAUGAUGCUCAGCUUCGAGCGAUCAACCAUACGUACCAGCAACAGCAUGGAAAACCAUUGGAAUGGGUUAUCAAGAAAAAUUUUAGUGGCCAUAUGGAGGAUGCGCUCCUCUACCAACUUCGCACAGCUACAGAUAAAGCCAUGCGCGAUGCAAAUCUUAUGGAGGAAUCAAUGAAGGGUUUCGGUACAAAAGAUAAAAUACUUGUCGCUCGAGUCAUUCGAUGUCAUUGGGACCCAAGACAUAUGGAUCAAGUUAAAGGCGCAUAUCAGCACGCUUACGGACGUUCAUUAACUUCAAGAAUUGCUGCGGACACGAGUGGCUAUUACGAGAAGUUGAUGGUGAAGUGCGUCGAGUGCAGUAAUCUGGUUCAACCUGAUUAUACGUGGUUUUAA